AAUUUGCCUAUCAGAGAUUUUCUUGCUGCUUUACAUGGGGCAGCAUCGUAGAGGAGGCAUGAGGGGAGCAGAGCCUCGGGAAGGGAGAGGGCUGUGACAUGUCGUGACGUGACGGUGACAUGAAAGCAAAAUUCUAGCUGCUGAAGCUGCCAGCAGCUCAGGGGUGUUCCAGCUGCUCUGUGGCAGAAAGGGCAGCAAAAGGGGCUGCUCCUCCUGCCCUGCCUGUGCUGCAGGGUCAUGUUCAGCUUGGGUGCUCCACGCCGUGGGAGGGGAUGUGCCGAGGGAGGAUGUUCCUGCUGUGGCGUGGGUGACUGCCACAGUGGGAGAUGGGCUACACGUGCAAACACGAGAGCCCACAGACUCUGCUCCAGCCCUUUGAGGCAUUCAUCAUGCUGCCUGUGGGCUUGGGAAGCAAGGGAUGGGCUCUCUGCAUCUCAGUGUCCCUGCAGUGAAGGCUGGUGCUGAUGGAGCUCCACUGACCCGUCUGCUUUGGAUCAUUCAUCCAAAAGGGCUGAGUUUGGGCAAAGCAAGGACUGGCCGCUCCUUCAGGGUGUUUCCUGGUAGAACCCAUCCUCAGGUCAUUCCCAUCAUUCCCAGACCAACUGAAAAGUCACAGUUGUCAGGUUGCCCGCUCGGAAGCCAUGCUUGGAUUUUAAUAGCCAUGUUCCACCUAGCCAUGGACCUCGCCAGCUGCCAGCCCCCCGCCACCACCGGCACCGCGGGGAAGCUCUCACCACGGCCGGCGCUCCGGCACAGACUGUCCCGUGGCUCGCUGUGGGGCGUGGGGGAAGAGCUCCAACGCCCCGGCCCCCCCUGGACCUGCGGCCCCGCGCCCCCUCUGCAGAGACCCCGCUCCCGCCGGCCGCCCCCCGCCGCCCCCCUGCCCGCCGGCCGCCCCCCGCGCCGGCCGCGCUCCCGGAGGGGCCGGCGGCACCUGCGCGGCCGCGGCUUCGCCCCCCGGGACGGGAGACCCACGGCGCUGCCCGAGGUCAUCGUCUGGGGCCCCACGGGCGAGGAGGACUCGCUGGAGAGCAGCACGCUGCCCGGCGCCUUCGCCACCACCACCACCGCCACCGCCACCGCCGCCGCCACCACCCCCGCCACCACUGCCGCCGCUGCCACUUCUGCCACGGCCGCCACGCCGCCCCGGGUGCCCGCCAGCACCGCGGCCCCCGUGCCAGGCGGGGACGGGCCCCGCGGCAGCCCCGGGCGCGGCAGCACCGCCGAGCCGGCCGCCGGACACAGCAGCGGGGGCAAGGAUGCUCGGCCGCCGCGCGGGCUGGGGGACAGCACAGGUCUGGCUGUUCAUCAGAUAAUCACUAUUACAGUGUCCCUCAUCAUGGUCAUAGCUGCGCUGAUAACAACUCUUGUCUUAAAAAAUUGCUGUGCGCAGAGCGGGCGCCCCCGGCGCAACAGCCACCAACGCAAGCUGGACCAGCAGGAGGAGAGCUGCCAGAACCUGACUGACUUCGCCCCCGCCCGCGUGCCCAGCGCCCUCGACAUCUUCACCGCCUACAACGAGACGCUGCAGUGCUCCCACGAGUGCGUGCGGACCCCCGUGCCCGUCUACGCCGAGGACACGUUGCACUCGCCCGGGGAUUACAAAACCACCUUCAAUGGAAACAGACCCUCUUCUUCUGACCGGCAUCUUAUUCCCGUGGCCUUUGUGUCUGAGAAAUGGUUUGAAAUCUCCUGCUGACUGGCCGAAGCCUGUUUGACUUCUGGGGGCAGGGCAGACGCCAGCGGGCUGUUUCCUGGAUUCCAUUGGUGAACCUGUAAAAAAUAUAAAAAAAUAAUGGGUUACCUGUACCUACCAUUUCUGUUUACCAGUAGGAGACUCAAAGAGCAGCGUUCUAUGGGCCAAAUAUAUUUUUAUAAAAAUGAACACGCCUAUAGGUAACUGCGUUGUCAAGGAGCACGUUUUUGGGAGGAGAGAAAGGAAAGUGUGCGAGUAAAGAAUCCCGUGGAGGAGGAGGAGGAGGAGGAGGAACCAGCAAGGGAUGGAAAGGGAAGGAUGAGCGCCUGGAGCCCGGCCAUGGACGGUGACUCUGAACCUGUGCCAAUAAUACCAUUAUGUGCCAUGAACCGAUGCAAAGACUUUGCAAAGAGCUGAGACAAUAACGCCUGGAAAUGUUGUGGAGGACAAGUGGGGCAUCUCUUCUGGUGGGGUCAUCCAUUCCGGUCCAUACGCGUACAUACAUACGGUAUAUGUAGAGAGAAAAUAUAUAUAUAUAUAUAUACACACACAAACACUUUUUGUACUGUAGCAAUUUUUGAAGAUCUUAAAUACUCAUUUUUAAAGAAGAUGUCAUGGGCUAAAAGUCUCAUUUCUUUAACACGCAUCAUGCAAACUGGGUGAUCUGAUGUUUUCUACUUUGGCAGCUUGCCUGUCAACCUAUAUGUGUAUAUAUAGGUAGACAUAUAUACAUAUAUAUACGUGUGUGUGUGUAUGUAUAGACAUAUAUAUGUAUGUAUACAUAUAUAUAUAUAAUUUUGGUUCUUUUCGGAAAUGCUUUUCCAGCGACGUGACCGUGGUGGGAGACAGCUGGGGCUGUGCUGCCGGCAGGAAGCAGAGGAAAAGCUUCCCAAAACCAUCCAGAGCACAGCUCAAGGCAGUGCUGAAGGUAUUUCCAGGCUUCUGUACCCCGAUACAUCAUCAAAGUCAAUGGGAAGAAGCUGGAAAGCCUGGGCCUGCCCCUUGUCCACACUGCUGUGAUUUCUGCCGUGCUAGGCAUGACACCUUGAGGCUGGACAGGGCAGAUUUUAGGGGUGGAAUUCCAAAAGAUGGGCCUCUCUUGGCACAGAAGAAAAAUUUUAGGAGUGGGGUGUGGGAAGGUUUUUGGAAAAUGGCUUCUAAAUUGGCCACAGCACCAAAGCUUACCCAGCCCUGUGUGAGAAACCAGAGGAAGGAGCUCGUGUCCUCCUCCCCCAGCCUGGGGCUGUGGGAUUGAGAGAGCCUCUUCCUUUGUUCUCCCAGUAUUGGCUGGCUCUGCUGCAGCAGGAGAAGACUCAGCCGGCUGUCCACAAUCCUAGAGAUCUCUUAAUAGUGUUUAAAGGGAAUUUUUGCCAGGGAAGCACAAUUCUGCAGGCUCUGGCUUGGUGUGUUGCUCUAGAAACACGUCCACGCCCGUCCAGCUCCUGCUGGGGUGGGUGGUGUUCGUGGGUGCUGACCCUAAACCCUCUGUCCAAGUCUUUCCAAGGAGCUGGGUGCUGCCAUGCACAUCAGACACUGGGAUGGGUCUCUCUUGGGUCCCUUCAAUGUCAAAAGGGUGGAAACGACAGCAGAGAUCAGACCAAAGUCCUCCAGUUCUUUUUGUAAACUGCCCUUGGUAAAUACUAGUGGUUUUUUAGAAUUGUCCAGAUCCACGUUUCUACUCCCCCACUGAUUACUCAGCUCCUUUUCUUUAUGAUAAUGAACGUGCAGUUUAAAAACAACAAAAAAAAAAAAGUAGAACCCUGUGGUGUUGCGCAUAGCCACGCGUGCGGUCUCUUGUUCCCGUGUCCUUUUCUGUCCUUUUCCCAUGGAAUUGCACAGUCUGGAUUAUUUGUCCUGAAUUUUUGGACGCUGCCUCAGACAGAAGUCUUCCUUGCCAGCCCUGACAAUUACCUGCGGACUCGAGCCAACCAUUCCCUGGGCAGAGCAGUGUCUCCUGGGUGGCUCAUGUCUGGCUCUCCAGAGCACUGGAUGCCUCCAGGGAGAAGAGGAGACAGUGUCUUGCUAGAGCAGUGGCCUCCAAAGCUUUAGCUGUCCCUGGGAAACAUGGGGAGUUUGUCCUUGGGAAGCAUGGGGUCUGAGCAACUGCUCCAGGCUCGUCUCAGUGUCCUGGGGCUUUCCUGUGAUGCUGGUGUCAGUGGUGCAGCCCUUGCCCACAGGCUCUCCUCCCUUUGUGACUUCAUGGGAAUCCAUCCACGCCAGCUUUGAGCCGUGUUCCUCGAGCUUCUCCCCUUAAUCUUCCUAUUUAUUUCAUUCCCACAGGUAUUCCAGUGUAAUCGCGGUAGCGGUAUGACAAGAAAUAUAUCUCAGCUCCUUCAUUGCGGGGCAUCUGAAGCAGCUUUCUGUGUUUCUGCAUGGAUGGAACCUGCUGCCCGCAGGGAAGUUGUCAGGCAGAGCUAGGAGAUGCCAGGGCAGCAUGGGCAGCACUGGUGCAAGCGGUGGUGAUGAUGGCAGUGGUGAUGGACAGGCACGUGGCUCAUUGGAAAUUCCCCGUGGAGCUGGGGAAGAGGAAGGGAAAACGUGUGUGUGUCUGUGUGUAUGUGUGUGUGAGAGAGAGAGAGAGAGAGAAGGAAGGUGAAUCACUGUGACCCUGAGGAAGGGCACAGGUUUCAGAGGGCAGGACUUGCAUGAGCUUCUCCCCCAGUCUGCAGCAGGACAUGUCCUGGUCUCCCCAGAGCUGAGCAGUGAACCAGGGAACAAAAGUAGAUGCACAAUCUUCCCUUAUUUAUAAGGACCAACAGCACUUGCACUUUAUCAGAGGAAGCCUCCCCCCAUCCAUGCUGGGCCACUGCGGUGGAGGGAGAGGAGGAGGAGGAAGGGCUGGGAUGGAGCUGCUGAUGCAGUGAUGUACGAGGCAGGAUCCAGGCGUCCCAAGGUCUUGCACAGUGAAGAGAAAUUAACUGUGUUGAUUUCAUUCCCUCCUAUUGAUGAAAGCCAAAAAAACAAGAAAGAAAUGAGAACAGAAAGUCGCAUUUCCAUGGCAUAGUCUAUUGAGUAGAUCUUCCCACUGUGGAAAAGCAGGGAAGCAUGGUGUUCUCAGACACGCUCCUGUGGGAGCUUUGUCAUGUUUUGGGCACAUCGUCUCACCCCAAGGUCCUGGAAGCUUGAAAAAAGAAAAGUUUUGCUCCUUGCUUUGCUGUAAGCCCUCAGCCCACUGCUGCUUAUUUGUUUUCUGUUCAUUUUCCAGAUUCCUUAGCCCCUGAACAGUCCCUGAGAAACACACCAUGGCAGCCAAGAAGCUGCCACAUUCCCCAGACACGUCAUGGAGUGUCUGUGUGUCACUUGUGGCUCUGUCUUAGGGGAGAAAGUGGUGUGGCACAAGCCACCCAUGGCAAGGAGAGGUUGGCUCUCCUUGGGCUCUGCAGCAAGCCCAGGCUUCCCAGGGCCAUCCAUCCCUCCACAUCCCUCACAAACCCUGAGCAGGAGUCACAGGAUGUGCUCCCACUGGGCCAGGGGUCGGUGCCACUGCUGCCACCGGCACCUGUGGGCUUUGUCCUGCACCAAACUGAGCAGGUUUGGGGCUCCAGGCCGAGCUAACACAUCAUGGCACCAACAGGUAGGGCAGGCAGGGUUUGGUCCUCAAUCCCCUGACCUCUGGGUCCCCCGAGGGCGGCUUCACCCCCCAGCACCCCGGGCAGAGCCGGUCCUGGGCAGCCGCCUGUCUCUCCAGAUCCGAUCGUUUACCUUCACUCUGUCUUCCCAGCUGGAGAAAGGGCGGCCGGUGGUGGUGGCAGGAGCCGUGCUCCAGAGAACACCAGUGCUCCAUGGGGCACCAGUGCUCCGUGGGGUGACAGGCACCGUGCCUGCCAGGAGGUCACCGUAGCGAUGGCAGAGCUGGCGCGGGGACGGAUUUCAGGUUACCUCUUCUCCACUGGCAGCUUGUUGCGAAGGAAGGUAGUUCAGCUGAAACGGUAGUUAAAUAGUAGAUAUUCUACACAUAAUAUAUAUUUUGUAAAAAAAAAAAUUAAAAAAAUAAAAUAGAACAAAAACAUAUCUAUCCUAUCUCAGCCCACCCAUUUCAGGAUGAAUGUGGUUGGAAUUUUUGUUCAACCGGAUAUUAAAUCUGUACGCGAUUUUUUCAAAACCAGCAAGAAAUCCCUUGCCAUUUCCAAGUCUGUGGGUUUGGUCUCCCUAGCUCAUCUAACGCUUCUCACACAUUUUUAAGAAUUACUCUCAGCAUUUGUAGGUACAUUUUUAAUAGUGUCACGAGUGGAAAUAAUAUUUACUUUGAAAAAAGUAUAUGUUGCACAAAAAUGUACACUAAGGGCACAGAUUUCUGACCCAGAUUCUUCUAUUUUAGGUUCCAAGGGGUUUAUUUUUUUGUUUGAUAGGACAUGUACAGUGAAGUUUACACUUUAUUUUUAUUUUGCCAAAACCCGUUUUCUAACAUGAGACAGUUUUACUUUGUAACCGGUUUUACAUCACUGAGUACUUCUUUCUUUUCCUGGGAAAAUCCUGCACCAGGAGGCAUCCGGUGGAAGCGCCGUCACCUUUUGGCAUUGCGGCUGCCCCACCCGCCUGCAGCGCGGGCUGGGGCAGCGCCAAAAGGACCUUUUCUUCCUGAGCGGUUUUUAAUUUGUCUCUGUCCGUGGAAGCCGUGUAUUUGGAAGCACUGUAAAUGCCACCCUGUCCCCUUGCCCUCUGUAUAUUUAGUACUCUGAUGUUGCUAUUAAAACUGAUAUGAGAACCGCG